CUGUCACAUCAUCAAACAUCAACCAAUCCUUUGAGGUAGCGAUCACUACACAUAUAUUCAUUCGGUUUCAGGCGUUUCUUUGCUGUCUCCUAGUGAACAACCUUGUCAGAAUUCAGAAUGUUCAGCAGGGGGAUGAAGCUAAUUCUCAUGGUAGCCUUCCAGGCUAUGAGCCUCAUCUCCAUAUCAACUGCAAGUCUGCAGUACAAUUUCUACGGCUCGUCGUGCCCAAAUGCCGAGCAGACGAUCAGCAAUGUCGUCUACGGCUUGAUCGAUGCUGACCCUUCCAUGGCCCCGGCGCUGCUGCGUUUGCAUUUCCAUGAUUGCUUUGUCAUGGGUUGUGAUGCGUCCAUCCUUCUUGAUCCCACGAAGGCAAACGGCUCGCCGGAGAAGACAGCGAUCCCGCUCCGCGGGUACGACGCCGUGAACAAGAUCAAGGCGGCCGUCGAGGCCGUCUGCCCCGGCAAGGUCUCCUGCGCCGACAUCCUCGCCUUCGCCGCCCGCGACUCGGUGGCCAAGUCCGGCGGCUUCGUCUACCCGGUCCCCGCCGGCAGCCGCGACGGCAACGUGUCGUCCGCCUUCUCCGUCUUCUCCAGCAUCCCGUCGCCGUUCUUCGACGCCGGGGAGCUCGUCCAGAGCUUCGCCGCCAAGGGGCUCACCGUCGACGACCUGGUGGCGCUCUCGGGUGCGCACUCCAUCGGCACCGCGCACUGCUCCGGGUUCAAGAACCGGCUGUACCCGACGGUGGACGCGUCCCUGGACGCGAGCUACGCGGCGGCGCUGAGGGCGGCGUGCCCUGACGGCAGCGCCGCCGACGACGGCGUGGUGAACAACAGCCCCGUGUCGCCGGCGACGCUGGGCAACCAGUACUUCAAGAACGCGCUCGCCGGGCGGGUGCUGUUCACGUCGGACGCGGCGCUGCUGACCGGCCAGAACGACACGGCGGAGAAGGUCAGGGAGAACGCCGGCGACCUGACCGCGUGGAUGGCGCGGUUUGCGGCGUCGAUGGUGAAGAUGGGCGGCAUCGAGGUGCUCACCGGGGCGCGGGGGGAGGUCAGGAGGUUCUGCAACGUCACCAACAGCUAAAAAGCUAUACUGGCUGGCUCGAGUGAAGAACGCACUUGUGCCAUUGGUGUGCGUGCCGUUUUUGCUUAGUGGCAAGUUUGCACCUUGUGCUAAUUAAACGUUUUUGUUCUCCAAUCUACACCAUGCACACACACCAUUCAUGUUGCAAUUUUUUAUUGCCACCUUGUUCUAUAAGAGGAGGAAAAUUAACCACCUUAA